UAAAAGUGAACAAUGACUCGACUGAGAGUUUGUGAGCGAUUGCUUGGAGCCUACCUGCUUAUCAUUCUCCAUGUUCAAGGUCAAAAUCUAGACAGCAUGCUUCAUGGCACAGGAAUGAAGACAAAUCCUGACCAAAAGAAACAAGCAAAUGGAGUAACGCUCGCUCCAGAGGACACCUUACCUUUUCUUAAGUGCUACUGCUCAGGACAUUGUCCAGAUGAUGCUAUUAAUAACACAUGCAUAACUAAUGGCCAUUGCUUUGCUAUCAUUGAGGAGGAUGAACAUGGAGAACCCACGCUUGCUUCUGGCUGCAUGAAGUAUGAAGGUUCAGACUUCCAGUGCAAGGACUCGCCUAAAGCACAAUCACGUCGAACAAUUGAGUGCUGUCGGACUGAUUUCUGCAAUCAGGAUUUACAGCCAACAUUACCACCACUUGAUAGUACAGAUGGACUUUUUGAUGGCAGCAUUCGUUGGAUGGCAGUGUUGAUUUCUAUGGCAGUCUGCAUAAUUGUCAUGAUCAUCUUAUUUAGCUGCUUUUGUUACAAGCAUUACUGUAAGUCGAUGGCAAAGAGGCACUGUUAUAAUCGUGACCUGGAACAAGAUGAAGCAUUUAUUCCAGCUGGGGAGUCAUUAAAAGACCUUAUUGACCAGUCACAGAGUUCUGGGAGUGGGUCAGGACUACCGUUGUUGGUUCAGCGCACUAUUGCCAAACAAAUUCAGAUGGUGAGGCAAGUUGGAAAAGGACGAUAUGGUGAAGUGUGGAUGGGCAAAUGGAGGGGUGAAAAAGUCGCAGUGAAAGUGUUUUUCACCACAGAAGAAGCCAGUUGGUUCCGAGAAACAGAGAUUUACCAAACUGUUCUAAUGCGUCAUGAAAACAUCCUUGGUUUCAUAGCUGCAGAUAUUAAAGGCACUGGCUCCUGGACACAGCUGUACUUGAUUACAGAUUAUCAUGAGAAUGGAUCAUUGUAUGAUUUUCUGAAAUGCACUACGCUAGACAACAGGGCUCUCCUCAAACUGGCGUAUUCUGCGGCAUGUGGUCUGUGCCAUCUACACACAGAAAUUUAUGGGACACAAGGCAAGCCCGCUAUUGCACACAGGGACCUGAAGAGUAAAAACAUCUUGAUAAAGAAAAAUGGAACCUGCUGCAUUGCUGACUUGGGUCUUGCAGUCAAGUUUAACAGUGACACAAACGAAGUUGAUGUUCCCUUGAAUACUAGAGUAGGAACAAAACGUUACAUGGCUCCAGAGGUCCUAGAUGAAAGCCUGAAUAAAAACCAUUUCCAACCAUACAUCAUGGCUGACAUCUACAGUUUUGGGCUGAUCAUCUGGGAAAUGGCUCGGCGCUGCGUCACAGGAGGUAUUGUUGAAGAGUAUCAGUUGCCAUAUUAUGACAUGGUGCCAAAUGAUCCAUCCUAUGAGGACAUGAGAGAAGUGGUGUGUGUCAAACGCUUACGCCCAGUAGUAUCGAAUAGAUGGAAUAGUGAUGAAUGUUUAAGAGCAAUAUUGAAAUUAAUGUCUGAAUGCUGGGCUCAUAAUCCUGCCUCAAGGCUCACUGCCUUGAGGAUCAAGAAGACACUUGCCAAGAUGGUGGAAUCACAAGAUGUAAAGAUUUGACAUAGUAAAUUGACAUUUGAGAGCAAAGCAGGACUCCUGGAUCUUUUCACUCAAACAUGGGUGAGACCUAUGUGGAAAGAGGAAAUCACUGAGAUUCAGUAUAUUUUCUCAGCACACUUCUAUAGGCUGCUAAUCAAAUCUUUCAGUACUUCAUAGACUGUGAUACUGAGAGCCUCUAUACGCUACAUGCUACGUAUAUGGACAGCCUUGGUAAAAUACAUGGUUUGUUUUUGUUUGAGCUGCAUUGAGACUUCAGUCAUACUUCAUGAGUCUCCAGUAAAACGCUGGGUACUGAAUUGAAUGUUCAGAUUACAGUGCUUUCUGUGAAAGCCUAACAAGCUAUAUGGAUUCAACAGAGAUGGAGAAUAUAAGCUUUUUUUGCCUUCUACCUGAUAAAACCUAGUCAAUCCAUACCAAGUUUUUGUGAAACAGCCUGUAGGUUAUGAAUCUGUUUGUGAUACUACUCAGUUUAACAGUUCCUUAUGCCUUUAUGUAUGUGCCAGGAUUAUUUUGCUGUCAUUUGGAAUAGAUAAGAAACCAUUUGAAUGAACAAAGUUUUAUGGUCAGGGCUCCAUGCAUUUUGUGGCUCCACAAUCAGAGAUUUGCUACAGAAUUUACUCCUUGCCAUUAAGUUAUCUUCCAGAAUUUCAGUUUUAAUUUUAUUUCUAGUCUUGUUUUGGUCACAAGGAGAACUGCAAAUAUGUGAACUAUUACUAAAUUAAAGAAUGCCUAUCUGAGUCUGUAAAGAGCCUGAAACAAUCACUCUUAGAGGUAUAGACUGCCUUGGUUGUCUCACUUACAGUCUAGUGGGCUCCAUGAUUGGAUGAUUAUAAAAUUUGGCAUAUUUUUGACAACGCCACAUGCAACCAGUGUUUUUGCUGUACAAUACAUCUUAACAGAAAGACCAUUGAUGAUGUGUUUUGCCUUUUUACUUUAUUGGGAUUCACUGGUAGGUGUCUGUCAUGCUCUAAACUUUUUUCCAUAUAGGAGCGAAUCAGUCAGCUGUAGGAGCAUGCUUUUUCAUCAUUUGACAAAACUAGGCAGAAGAUAAGUUUUGAAAGGCUUGAGAAAAGUCUGAUUUACAGACUGAAAAGAGGGAAGGCAGGAAGCGCAGGCCAGGCACUCAGAAGAUUAGAGAAUAUGGUAAAGGUCAAGACCAGGAAAACUGAAUAUGUGAACUGUUGAAGGUAAGAUCCACAACAUACAGAAGAUUUAGAGCUGGAUUGCCCUGAUGUAAGUGCAGGAGGCCAUGUCUGUGGGCCAUUCAGUGGACAGUUAUAAAAGUCAAGAUUUGAGACAAGGUAAAUCAGUGGGUGUUUUAAGUUCUAGUUAGGCGCAUUUGGGAGGAAAAGCAUUGAAAGAUAAUUCAUGAAGAUAAAGUAAGUUAACAUAAUUGCAAAAUUUGGUCCUAUUGUGCCAACUAUUUGGCAUGUGCAGGAAACUGUAGUUCCCUCCUUUUCUUCACUGAUCCAGACAAGUUGGUUAAAAACCGGAACCCCUCCGUGAGGUUACUGUAAGGCAGAAUUACUGAUUUAUAACUCCUUUGGCACUUCUACUUUGAAGUUAGAAAAUAGUAACAUAACUCCAGUUGAAGCUUCAAAUACGCGAAUCAUCAGAAGAAUGAACACACAGUAUUGGAACCAUUGAACCUAUUUGAUAAUUUAAGUGCCUAUAACUUUGUACUGUAAAUCUUGUUCUAGAUAACUUUAAAAAGGGAAGUUAUUUAUACAGUGUGUUUUGUGCUUUAGUAAAAAAAAAAACACCUAGUCUUAGGUACACGUGUACAAUUAAAUACAUGCGCACACACAUAUAUGCCAUAGUCAAGAUUUGAAGAAAAAAGUUAGGAAUAAUAUUAAAAUUGAUGAAAAAAUGUUAAAACUUAAGAUUGAUUUAUGCCAGAUUAUUUGUUGUCUUAAAUAUGUACAUGGAGAUUUUUUUGAUAUGUGUUUAAAUUUCCCUUGAAAAUACAACUGAUGGAAAACAAUGUAACACAGAACUAAUGUGAUUUGUGAACAAUUACAACCUUCUAAUAUGUUAUUUUUUUGUUCUAAUUCUGUAGUUCACAUAAUGUAAAUAGUCAGGCAAAAGAUUGCAGUAUUUUUAUUUUCUAUUGUGAUGUACAGACUUUAUUUAACAGUUCUACGUAUUUUAUAGAAAUCUAGCUAUUUUGAGGGACAUUUCUUUUUUUAAAAAAAUAAAGUCAUUACUUUUGUUUGGUAAUGCCUUUAAGUAUUACUAUGUAUUCUGGCUGAAAAGGUCAUAGGUGUGUCAACUAUGAUUUUAACUUAUUUGAAAACAUCAAGAGAUAUAUGCUAUUGUGCCACAAUCCUCAUGAUAAAGGGCUUUUUAAAAGAACAUUUCUCCGUCCAUUGCCAAGAAACAUAUGAUGAGUUUGAAAUUGUUAAUCAUGUCUUCGCACAUAAUUUUUGCACAGGUAGUUGGAAAAUACUUGGUAUGAGCCAAAAAAAGUAAGGGAUAAGCUUUUUUUCUU